CUAACUCGGGGGGUCUAAUUGCAGUUACACUUGCUCCUCAGAUCAUUGACAACAUCAUAGAAGAAAGCCAGAAGGCCAAUCGGCUUGAGGAGGACCCUUUGGCCCCUCCCGAAAAGGAACUAAUCAGCCACCCGUCGCACGCAGACCCUUGGGCCUCGGGAGCAGAUCUCCACCACCACAUUCCCGAAUUCUUCAUCGCAGAAGCUGCAGCGCAAGCCCCCCACAAAGCCCCUGAGGCCCUGGCCAACGGGGUAGCGUCCCAGGAGACCUUGCCGCCUCCCGGCAAUGAGGGGGCAGGUCACCCCAGAGGAGAAGAUGCCGUCACCUCCGCAAGAAGCCCAAGCGGGAGCCGAGAGCGGAAAGCAGGUGGAGGAGACCCGGAGGAGGAAGAGGAGGAGGGAGGCUGUCAGGCCACCGAGCUACGGCAGCCGGAUGGAUUCGAUCAGGCGCCCCCGUCCUCGGAUCCCCCUCUCCCCCAAGGCUCCUCGGCCGCCGAUGAGCCGGCUCCGGCCAAGCCCCCCCGACAGCUGACCAUGGAGCCAGAUAUCGUGGCCAGCACCAAGAAGUCUGGCCCGGCCCGGCCCCCGCCUCCCGUGGCACUCCCACCCCCCAGGCCACCCCCGCCUGCCCGGCCGGCCCCCCCACCGAGGAAGAAGAAGAGCGACUCGGAAAUCGAGACCGGCAAGAUUCCCGGCCUGGAAGUUCCUCGGGAGCCUUUUUCCCUGGGGGGCCUCCUGAUGCCCAACACCUCCCUGGACUCCAUGGCCAAGGACUCCCAGCCUUCCCUGGACUUGGCGAGCGCCACCAGCGGCGACAAAGUGGUCACUGCUCAGGAGAACGGGAAGUCGGCAGACGGCCAGGUGGUGUUAAGCGAAGUGAUUGGACCGCAGAGACCCCGAUCAAACUCGGGCCGAGAACUCACAGACGAGGAGAUCCUGGCCAGUGUCAUGAUCAAGAACCUGGACACGGGCGAGGAGAUUCCCCUGAGCCUGGCGGAGGAGAAGCUGCCCACGGGCAUCAACCCCCUGACCUUGCAUAUCAUGCGGCGGACGAAGGAAUACGUCAGUAACGACGGGGCCCAGUCGGAUGAUGAAGACAAAAUGCAGCUGCAGCAGAGCGACACUGACGGGGGCCGCUUGAAACAGAGAACGACGCAGCUGAAAAAGUUCUUGGGCAAAUCGGUCAAGAGGGCCCGGCAUCUGGCGGAGGAGUAUGGAGAACGGGCUGUCAACAAAGUGAAGAGCGUCCGAGACGAAGUCUUCCACACGGAUCAAGACGACCCGUCGUCCAGUGAUGACGAGGGCAUGCCGUACACCCGGCCAGUGAAGUUCAAAGCCGCCCACGGCUUCAAGGGGCCGUAUGACUUCGAGCAAGUGAAAGUCGUUCAGGAUCUCAGCGGGGAGCACAUGGGGGCUGUCUGGACCAUGAAGUUUUCGCACUGCGGCCGGCUGCUGGCCUCCGCGGGCCAGGACAACCUGGUGCGGAUCUGGGUGCUGAAGACGGCCUUCGAUUACUUCAACAACAUGAGGAUGAAGUACAACUCAGAAGGCCGCGUCUCCCCCUCCCCGUCUCAGGAGAGUCUGAACUCAGCCAAGUCGGAUAACGAUACGGGGGUGUGCAGCGGGACCGACGAGGACCCCGAUGACAAGAGCACCCCGUUUCGGCAGCGGCCAUUCUGCAAAUACAAAGGGCACACGGCUGACCUCCUGGAUUUGUCCUGGUCUAAAAAUUACUUCCUGCUCUCCUCGUCCAUGGAUAAGACCGUCAGGCUCUGGCACAUAUCCCGGCGGGAAUGCCUCUGCUGUUUCCAGCACAUCGACUUUGUCACUGCCAUCGCCUUCCAUCCCAGGGAUGACAGAUACUUCUUAAGUGGCUCGCUGGACGGCAAGCUCCGGCUCUGGAACAUUCCUGACAAAAAAGUGGCCCUUUGGAACGAGGUGGACGGACAGACCAAGCUGAUCACUGCUGCAAACUUUUGCCAGAAUGGCAAGUACGCCGUGAUUGGCACCUACGAUGGCCGGUGUAUCUUCUACGACACGGAGCACCUCAAGUACCACACUCAGAUCCACGUGCGGUCGACCAGGGGACGGAAUCGAGUGGGGAGGAAGAUCACAGGGAUCGAGCCCCUGCCGGGUGAAAACAAGAUCCUGGUCACCUCCAACGACUCGCGCAUCCGGCUCUACGACCUGCGGGACCUGUCCCUCUCCAUGAAGUACAAGGGCUACGUCAACAGCAGCAGCCAGAUCAAAGCCAGCUUCAGCCACGACUUCACCUACAUCGUCAGCGGCUCGGAAGACAAGUACGUCUACAUCUGGAGCACCUACCACGACCUGAGCAAAUUCUCCUCCGUCCGGAGGGAUCGCAACGACUUCUGGGAAGGGGUCAAAGGUAAAGCAGAGGUGCCCACACCUUGGGCCCCCUGA